AUGACCGACAUAGUCAACAAACCAACCAUCCUCCUCAUCCACGGGGCUUUCACUACAGCCGCCGACUGGCAAUCUGUGAUAUCCCACCUCGGCCAGUCCUUCCACAUUCUAGCCCCCGAUCUCCCCGGUCAUGGAUCAGCCGGUGGAACAUUUACUCUCGACAACGCAGCCGACGCACUAUACACGCUGAUCCAAAAAUCAGCGGUUAGCAAAAAAGCCCACAUUGUCGGUCACAGCCUAGGAGCUCAAGUCGCCAUCCGACUCGCCGAAAAAUACCCCAGCGUAGUCGAUCAUAUGGCUGUCUCCGGAUUCGAGAUAUACCCAUCACUACCAUCAAGCGACCGACUAUCUUAUAUUCUAUGGACGAUGAGUCGUGUAGAGAAUCUCGUCCCACGACCGGUGAUUAGAUGGCUCAUGGAUGGGACGGACAUAGGCCGGCAUUCGCCCUCGCUGGAGCUUUGUCGUCAGGUUGCGGAGAAUAUGAAGAUAGCCAGGUAUCCGGCUGCUUGGCCUGCGCCUACGUUGAUCAUUGCUGCGGGUCGGGGAGGGCUGGUUCCUUCUUAUGACCAUCCUGAAGAUGCUAAGAAAUUGGCUUCUAUUGGUCAUGAGAUGAAUGAUAAGACGUUGGCUGUCACUCAUCCUCUGAUGAGGCAUCCGUGGAAUCGGCAAAAUCCGCUGUUGUUUGCGAAUACCGUUCGAGGGUGGAUUGGGGGGGAUUAUAGUGUGCCAGUGGGCUUUGAGCGUCUCUGA